AUGCGGUUGGCGACCGAAAAGUGGGCGUUCAUAGCCGGCAGGGAGGUGGAGGUGGGCUUUGACAUUGCACCACCCGUCAUGCUUCUGUCGCCGGAGUUUGGCGUGCUGCACGACGCCGCCUACCUGGCACCGCAGUGGACCCCCCCUUCGCACUGGUACCAGGCGAGUCCCCAAAGCGGGCUGGCGUGCGGGCUGGCAGAGGAGGACGGCCGCCUCAACGCCUUCCUUGACUGGCACGAGGAAUGGGUUGGCUUCGAGAUCACGCGUGCCAGACGCGGCAGCACCAGCAACGGCAGCGCGCACGAGCCACGGACGGGCGGUGAGUACGCUGUGCGGGGCAGCAGCAGCCGCUACCCUGUCGUCCUGCUGGAGGCUGAGAACGAGCUUCCAGGUGGCGACCCAGACUACCAGCUGCAGCGGCAGAUGCAGGAGGCCUACUCCAGCCGCCUCUGGCACAAGGACCCGGUGAUCUGUGCGCUGGGGGCGCCUGCACUUGGAGUGGACCUGGCAGGGCCCAACCUCCUCAUCCGCGGCCUGUACACGCUGCACUCGAACACAAUCGUCAGCGAGGCCCUGACCCCGCGCAUCCCGCUGCUGCAGCAGGGCAAGCGCCAGCCCCGCCAGCUGUACCUGCUGGCGGCAACCCUGGCCGGCUACGCGGCAGCUGCCUGGGCGCUGGCACAGCGCGUGGGCAUCGCCGCCGGCAGCGCCGAGGGGCCCCCGCGGCUCCUUGAGCAGCGGGCACAAGAGGUCCUGGGCGCUAUGUCGGAGCUCGGCGUCGAGUAUGGGCCGGCGCUGGCGGGCGCGAGGCUGGACCCGCGGCAGGUGCAAGCCGUGGCGGACUGGCGCGUGGCUGCGGCGCCUGGGCCGACCGAGGCGGCGCCGCUGCUCCCCUACACCCUGCUGCACGUCACAGGCGCGGGCCUGAGGCAGCUGCUUGGCCACGGCGGCAGGCUGCUGUACACAGCCACACGGGCGGACGGGCGCGCUCAAUUUAUCAAGUUCACCACCACUCCCUACCCCAAUCACGUGCAUGACGCAUGGCAGGCGGCGGGGCUGGUGCCGGCGCUGCACCGCUGCGAUGCGCUGCCUGGUGGGUACUGCUGCGUGGCCAUGGACCUGUUGGCAGAGGCGGAUGGCUGGAGGAUGCUCCACGAGCUCGAGGACGGCGGCCCUGACCAGCAGCAGUGCUUCGAGGCUGCGGAGAAAGCGCUGGCCCGCGCGCACGGCAUCCUCGUGCCGCACGGCGGCGGCCGCGCGCCCGCCGUGCACGGGGACAUGCGCGGCCCCAACAUCAUGGUGCGGCGCGCUCGCGGCGUGGACGCGGGCAAUUGCGAUGGCGAUGGGUGGGAGGUCAGGUUUGCGGACUUGGAUUGGGCGGGUUUGGAGGGCGUCGCGCGCUACCCUGCCCGCAUGUCCACCACGCUGCCAUGGCACCCCGACGCCAAGCCAGGCUGUCUGCUGCAGCGGGAGCACGAUACUCAUUUGCUCCAGGCAGCGGGUAUGCGGCGCUAG